AAUCAGUCAGAGUGUCCCAGCGAACAGACGUGUGCAGACGUGCCAAAAAGUGCCAAGAAGAGUGCUCCCAAAGAACACAAACACAGACAUACAAAACCAUAUACCCCAUAUACCAUACCAAUACACCCGCACGCACUGCAAGCUGUUUUUUUGUUCGUGAAAGAAAAGAAACGAGGAGAAAAGAAAAGUGCGGUGGCAAGCGAAAGAGCUUGAUAGGGAGACCAAGAGAGGGGCAAAAGAAAGAAAAAGUGAAAUAAGAAACGAAACGAAAAGAAAAGAAAAGCAAAAAAAGAUCAUGGCCAGUGCAGAGCAGAAACACGCCACCGCCGGGAACGGAACGGCCGGCAAUGGAACGGUGAACGAGGUGGAACAGCCCAAGGAUGCCAAGGACCUGCUGCCGCAUCUCGAGUCCCUCGAGAGGAUCAUCAAGCUGCCGGUGGUCAAUGCGGCCUGGGACAAGUCGCAGGAUGUCUAUGGCAAAGUAAAAGGCAAAAAUCGUGUCUUUGAGUGGGCCUUAACGGCGGCCGAGGAUUGUGUAACGCGAGCGGUGACAACGGCGGCUCCCUUCGUCACCAAACUGGACCGACCCAUCGCCUAUGUGGACCAAACCCUGGUCAAGGGCAUCGACAAGCUGGAGGUUAAGGCCCCCAUCAUCAAGGACACGCCGCAGGAGAUCUACAACCAGGCGAAGAGCAAGGUGAUCGACGUGGUGCAGCCGCACCUGGAGCGCGUGGUCAAGUUCAAGGCCGCCGGCCAGCAGAAGGCCGCCUCGCUGAAGGAUCUCGCCUGGCAGAAGGCCAACGAAGUGCUGGCCACCCAGUACGGCAGCUUGGCGGUCAACGGAGUGGACACCACCACGGCGCUGGCCGAGCGCCUCCUGGAAUACUACUUCCCCAAGUGCGAGUCUGAUGUGGAGGAGGAUAAUGAUGAUAAACAAAAUGCCGUCGUGCAGAAUGGCAAGAGUUCUGAAAAUGACAUGCCAGUUUCCGCCAGCGAGGAUCCAGUCCUACACACAGUACAGACGGUUGGACGGCUAUCAAACAAGAUAUCCCGUCGCGUCUAUCGAAAUGUCUCCCGACAGAUCAAGCAGGUGCAGAAAGGCAACAUCAACGACUAUCUGAGCUCCCUGAUAGCCGCCCUAAAGUUGCACCAGUACAUUAACUUUAUAAACUCGUCGAUGGGCACGAAUGUGGAGCAGUCGGGCAGUAACAGCGACACCUGUUUGCCAUUUGGACCCACCACCUCGAACACCACCACGUCCAGCAGCAACACUACCAGCUCCAGCAGCAGCAACAACACGGCGGUUGUGGCCAAGCCCCAAGUGGCCAAGAGCAAACCGGCGGCGGCUGCGGCGGUGUCGUCUCAGUAGUGGAAAACCAGCAGCCCAUCUACAACUAUAUCUUUAGAAAGAUAUCAUCCUUUUCACACAUGCAAAAGAUCCCCCACCCACACCGCCCAUUUUAUAAUGUAUUUUAUAAUAUCGUUUUUUUUGCGUACAUCUUUUUUUUUUUAAUGAGUACCGGCCUAUGAAAGUAGUACUCCCCAUAGAGGAUCAUCAAAAGUGGAUAAGGUUUUUCAAACACCAUCAACCGCCCCCCACAGAAAAACCCCGCCCCCUGCGUAACCUGCUUUGUACAUAUUUAUUUGAAGUAUAGCCCUCCCCAACCUAGUUGUAAGAUAUAGUAGUCGCAGAGAUCGGGAGUAAGAAGAGAGAGUUUUUUUCGUCAAUUUUAGCUGUGCUAAAGUGCCACGCAUGCAUUGAAUAAUACAUAAUAUAUACACCUAUAUAUGCCUAAUAUAUACAUAUAUAUUCAUAUAUAUUACGAAACGUACGCACACGUUGGCAUAGUGUGGUUAAGCUAUACGUAUACGUAAUCUAAUACCUAAUGCUAUUUCUAUCUCUAUUUAAUUUCCAUUGUACACUCGCUGGGAGCCCAACCAGAGGAUGUCCAAUUGCUAAUGAAAAUGAAUUAUGCCUAAUAUAUAUAUUAUACAAAUAUGUAUACAUAACACAACAACAAACACACACACACUUGUAUGGAGACCUAGCCAUAAUGUUUGCUCUAAACAACUAGAUUGAUAAUAUUAAAUAUUAAUAAAAAGAACCAACGCAAAACUGGAACAAGAACAAGAAAA